CAUCACAUUGCCCACUGUCUUCAUCAAAGAUUUGAUAAGGCACUUGGAUCAUGUGGAACGCGAUUUUUGGAAGUUCAGAGGAACCAUCUCCAACUGCUUUGGAGGUGACAUUCACCCUCAAUGGAAAGCAGGUCACAGUUGGAAAUGAGGUGGUUGAGGGUACGUCGUUGAACUCGUAUAUUCGCGAUGUGGCCAAACUCAAAGGAACCAAGUUCAUGUGCACCGAAGGAGGGUGCGGAGCUUGCGUGGUCGCCGCGACCAUCGAGCACCCCGUCACCAAGCAAAAACAAACUCUCUCCGUUAAUUCGUGUUUGGUGCCGGUUUUUGCGUGUCACGGAUGGGAUAUUCGGACGGUGGAGGGAAUUGGCAACAAACGGGACGGCUACCACCCUGUUCAAGCGAAUUUGGCCCAAUUCAAUGGAACUCAAUGUGGAUUCUGCUCACCCGGAAUGGUCAUGAAUAUGUACAGUUUGGUUGCUGACGGAAAAACACCAACUAUGGCUGAGGUGGAGAACGCUUUUGGUGGAAAUUUGUGCAGGUGCACUGGCUAUCGCUCAAUUCUGGACGCCUUCAAGGCUCUUGCUAAGGACGCAACGCCAAUGAUGAAAAAGCAGUGCGCUGAUAUUGAAGAUAUGUACAAAAUUUGCUCUAAAACCGGUCUUGCUUGCUCUGGCUCCUGCAAGAAAGACUCGAAUUUUGAAGAAAUUGUGCCAAAGUCGGUGAAAAUUCCCGCCGCAAACUGGUACAAGGUGACCACUUUGAAUGACCUGUUUUCGGUGAUCACCUCCCUCGGAGCAACCGUCUACCAGUUGUCGGCCGGAAACACCGCCGAAGGCGUCUACCGCCACUACAAUCGCCAAUUCGACGCCCGCAUCGAUGUCAAAGACGUGCCAGAUCUUCGCACAAUAAACACCUCCGGAGGCUUCACCGUCGGCGCCAACGUUACCCUGACAGAGGCCAUCGCCGCCUUCAAGACCCAGGCGGCCACCACCGGCUACUCGUACCUCACCGAACUUGCAAACCACCUUGACGUUGUGGCGAAUACCUCAGUUAGAAAUAUUGGAACCCUGGUUGGAAAUUUGGUGCUCAAAAAGGACCACAAUGAAUUCCCGUCAGACGUUUUUGUUAUACUGGAGGCUGCCGGCGCCACAUUGAACAUUCUUUCCAAUCCAACAACAACUACAAAUGUGACGCUGACCAACUUCCUCACUUAUAAUCUGGCUGGAAAAGUAGUUUUGAACAUCGCGUUUCCUGCAUUUGCAACGAACCACCGAUUCAGGACAUUGAAGAUCACGCCAAGAAAACAAAACGCACACGCGUACGUGAGUGCCGGAUUCCGAAUCAGGGUCGCCGACACGAUCAAUUGGAAUGUCAACGAACAGCCGCGAAUUGUCUUCGCUGGAAUCAAUCCUCAAUUUAAUCGCGCCACAAACACUGAGAACUACCUGAUGGGCAAAAACUUGCUCGACGCGGCGACCAUUCAGGGAGCUUUGAAUACCCUGGCGGCCGAACUUGUGCCUGACAGUCAGCCAUUGGACGCCAGUCCCCAGUACAGAAAACAAGUGGCUCAAGGUGUUUUCUACAAGUUCUUGCUCGGACUAGAUCCCAACAGGGUCAGUGCCUCAAAACGAUCGGGCGCCGAAAACCUCAUUCGCCCCUUGUCCUCCGGCAAGCAGGACUUUGAGACCAACCCUGGCGUGUACCCUUUGAACGAACCCAUCCCCAAACUGGAAGCAGCAGCCCAGACGGCUGGAGAGGCCGAGUACAUCAACGACAUCCCGGAAAGACCGGGCGAGUUGCACGGCGCCUUCGUACUGACCACUCAGGCCACCGGUGUCAUCGCCAGCAUUGACGACUCCGCCGCCCUUGCCACGGCAGGGGUCGUUGCCUUUUUCAAGGCUGCAGAUAUUCCAGGAAAGAAUUCCUUCACACCACAAACUCUGCCGCUUUUCGUUGAAGACGAAGAAGUGUUUUGCAGUGGCCCAAUAAAAUACGCCGGGCAAGUUGUAGGACUGGUGGUUGCCACUAGCAGAAUGGCUGCAACCCUGGGCGCUGGAUUGGUGCAGGUUUCCUAUGCUAAAACAGAAAAACCCAUUCUUAGCGUUCGAGAGGUCAUGAAAAGCUCUGCAGAUCGGACGUUCGUCGCCAAAAAAGAAACACAGAAGAAAGCAGAACAACCGAAAGCGGCUUACACGAUUACAGGCAGUUUUGAAAUUGCCAGCCAGUACCACAUGCACAUGGAAACGCACACGUGCAUCGCAGUGCCCACCGAGGACGGCCUUCAAGUUUUCUCGGCCUCGCAGUGGAUCGACCACAUCCAGCAAGUCAUUUCCGAAGUCCUCGGAAUCACGCAGAGCACUGUCAACGUUACUGUGAGAAGACUGGGUGGAGGCUACGGUGGAAAAAUUUCACGUCCGGCUCAAGUUGCCGCAGCGUGCGCCUUGGCUGCUGACAAAUUGGGGAAACCAGUGCGAAUUGUGAUGAGUUUGAGGACUAACAUGGAGGCCAUGGGAAAAAGAUUCCCAUAUAUCCACAAUUAUGACGUUGGAGUUGACGUGAACGGCAAAAUUGAGUAUCUCAAUUCAACGUGCUUGCAAGACAACGGAUUUUCAUUCAACGAGGCGCCUCUGCUCGAAUUGCAAGCUUUCUACCCCAACUGCUACCAGGCAGACGCAUUCAACAUGAACGUCCAGCUGGUGAAAACCGACAAGGCCUCCAACACGCCCUGCAGAGGACCAGGAACGACGGAGGGAGUCGCGUUCAUCGAGGAAAUCAUGGAGCACAUUGCGCGCGUGACCAAGUUGGAUCCGCUGCAAGUGCGGCUCAACAACAUGGUCCAGCUGGACAACCCCCUGUUCAACAUGAUCAACGACCUCAAACUGUCGGCCGACUAUGACAACAGGAAGGCUAAUGUCAAUGCUUUCAAUGCAGCAAAUCGGUGGAAGAAGAGAGGAAUGGCCAUUGUGCCCACACAAUAUCGCUUUCCUGUUGGUGGCAAUUACAGUGCAAUUGUUUCAAUUCACCACGGAGACGGUUCCGUGUCCAUUGCCCACGGAGGAAUUGAAAUGGGUCAGGGCAUGAACACAAAAGUGGCUCAAGUCGCAGCCCACAUUCUAGGUUUGCCCCUGAACAAAAUUUCUAUCAAGCCGAGCGAAUCCCUGACCUCGGCUAACAGCAUGGUGACUGGAGGGAGCAUUGGCAGUGAAGCCGUGUCCUAUGCUGCAAUGAAAAGCUGUCAAAUUUUGCUGGCACGUCUGGAGCCGAUCAGGCAGAGCAUGGGCAACCCCACUUGGGAAGCGCUUGUGCAACAGGCCUACGUCCAGAAUGUGGACAUGAUGGCUACUUUCAUGUUCGCACCAGGCCAGGAAAUUUCUCCGUAUAACAUCUGGGGCACAGCAAUUGCCGAGGUGGAAGUGGACAUCCUUACUGGCGAACGCCAGGUAUUGCGUGUUGACCUGGUCGAGGAUGUCGGACAGAGUUUGAGCCCUUUGAUUGACGUGGGCCAAAUCGAAGGCGCCUUUGUCAUGGGAAUGGGCUACUGGCUCACGGAGGAGCUCAAGUACGACUCUGGUUCGGGGCGUUUGCUGAACACAAGAACCUGGAACUAUAAAGUGCCAGGAGCUAAAGACAUUCCGGCCGAUUUUAGGAUCAAUUUCAGGAAGAACGCAUCCAACCCUCUGGGGUUGCUGAACUCAAAGGCCACUGGUGAACCGGCCUUGAAUAUGUCGAUCGUGUGCUUUUUCGCGCUGAGGAAUGCUUUGGACUCGGCACGGAAGGAUGCUGGAGAUGUGGCAGAUUAUUAUGAUAUCAAAUUGCCAGCCACGGUUGAAACAAUCGCCAUGACCAGCUUGACUGACACGAGCCAAUUCACGUUUGCAUAGUUAGAGCAAAAAAAAGGACGGCAUUGCUCAUUUAUGUAAAAGCGAGAAAGAAAAUAAAAUUUGUUCCCAAUUAGCAAAUUCAUUUCUUUGUUCAUUGCUGAAAAUAAUAUUCAAAUUUUUAUCAUAGGGUUGCAAAAAAAUAAUGUAUGUACUCAGUGAGUUUAUGCGGCUAUU